CUGUGCCCCCCCCCCCGCCCCGCGGCCCGAGGCCGUGCGGGGCCGCCCGGCCAUGUCCGUGAACAUGGAGGAGCUGCGGCACCAGGUGAUGAUCAACCAGUUCGUGCUGGCGGCCGGCUGCGCCGCCGACCAGGCCAAGCAGCUGCUGCAGGCGGCCCACUGGCAGUUCGAGACAGCCCUGAGCGCCUUCUUCCAGGAGACCAACAUCCCCAGCAGCCACCACCCCCCGCAGAUGAUGUGCACCCCCAGCAACACCCCAGCCACGCCACCCAACUUCCCGGACGCUCUGGCCAUGUUCUCCAAGCUGCGGACCUCCGAGAACCUGCAGAGCAGCAACAGCCCCAUCACCUCCAUGGCCUGCUCCCCCCCGGGCAGCUUCAGCCCCUUCUGGGCCUCCUCGCCCCCCAGCCACCAGCCGGCCUGGCUGCCCCCCUCCUCACCCACCGCCCAUGGCCUGCACCACCACCUCCACCACGGGCAGCCCGCCUGGCCCCCCGCGCCCCCUCCCGCUGCCCCUCCACAGAAAGCCGUGGCCACCAUGGACGGCCAGAGAUAAGACUGGGAUGGUGGAGGGGGGGGGCAUUGGGAGGGGGGGAUGAAGGAAGGGUGGGGGGUCCGGGCCAGGGCGUUGGGAGCGGGGGCUCCCUGAGCAGCGCACUGGAAGCGUUUUCUAGGAUUUAUUAUUAUUUGGGGGGGGGGGCACGAGAGCCCCUGCAGGAGGCGCCGGCUGGGCCUUUACACCCCCCCUUUCUUUUUUAAAUCUAUAGCUAUAAUAUAUAAAUAUAUCUAAUGUAUAUAAACCCAGAGAGAAGGAGGCAGCUGCUGGGUGUGCGUGGGGGGGGGGCCCUCUGGCUUCCCCCAGCAUCCCUGCAGCAGGGCAGGAGAGGGAAAAGCGGGGGGGG